AAAUAAUACCACACAAUAUUUUAACAAAAUAGCGGAGACGAAUUCAAUUUAAUUGUUAUAGCAAUUACGUUUUUCGUGUGUUGUGAUUGUGUCUUACUUUGUGAAUAUUUAAUUUAUGAAAUAAUUAUAAAUUAACCAUAGAAGAACGUUUUAAGUGCAAAAUACAACUUUAUAUGAGUAAAUUGUUUGGAAAAUAGUGAUCGUGCUGUAUCCACUACAAUGGCCAACAAUGACACAGAUUUUGAUACAGACUCCGAGUUCGACAGCGAUGAUGAAGCACAGCUUGAAGAACAAAACUUAAAACGACUUAAUGAGUUGUUAGACGAUGAAGAUGACAUCCCUGGCGGAGGAAUAUCGAUGUAUCCACCUCAUCUACCUUCAAUACAUCAUUCGUCGUCAUACAAAACUCUCUUACAGACAAACAAUUCAAAGUCAGGUACUCUAGCUCAAAUUGACUUAGCUCUGUCAGCAAAUAAAAUACUUGACGAAAAAAUACGCAAACUAGAGAGAGACCUUACGGUACGUUUGAAAGAAUGCAGAGACAAACUUGAGGUUAUUCAAAACAGUGCUCACACAUACACAUAUAAUGAUAAAAAUGAAUUAUUCCGAUACAUAAGCUGUGGCAGGCCAUACUUCAAGGACAAACUAAACUUCCCGGCUCCGGACAAUGAUGAUGCAAAAAUGGCAAAGUCUCAGAUGUAUGAUUUUUCUCUAGUUAUAUCAGUACCCGGGUGGACAAUGCGUGAUAAGUCUCAAUUUAUUACUAUGAUGCACAAAAUAUCUGUAGAGAGUAGAAGAAAUGAGUUCUUUGCACAAAUAACAAACUUGAAACGUAAAUGUGGGAAUAGUAAUAAUAAGAAACUAGAACGAGACAUAAUGGUGCUUAGAAAAAAGAUUGAUCAGCUUGCAAAGAUGCCUUUGAGUCAGGUUGCUCUUCCAAUAGACCAGGAGUAUGACUGGGACAUGUUAGCUAACAAGUUGAAUAGAAGGCACACUGCCCAAGAAUACCAGUCACUGUGGAAAUUAUUUUUUCAUCCAUCCAUAAAUAAAAACAGUUGGAGCAAAGCUGAACAUGCAACAUUACAAAGAAUUGCUUGCCAAAAUAAUCAACAAGACUGGGAUGAUAUAGCACUUAAAUUGAAUACUGGCCGUUCAGGGUAUCAAUGUUUUGUAUAUUAUCGCACAAAUAUGACCAAUUCUUUUACUGGCAAAAAAUGGACUAAUGAGGAAAUAACAUAUCUUAAAAGAUUGAUAGAUUAUUUCAAAGAAGACAAUUACAUUCCGUGGGGUAAAAUAGCUGCGGCUAUGGAAAAUCGGACAAAAAUCCAAAUUUAUAACAAAUAUCUAAGAAUGAUUGAGCAAAGAAAAGGGAGAUUCCUUCCAGAAGAAGAUGCUGUUAUACUUAACUGUGUUGAAAGAUUUGGUACUAAUUUUAGGAGAAUGACAGAUUUUCUGCCUGGUAGGUCUAUGGUACAAAUCCGUUCUAGAUAUCAAGUACUCAGUAAAUUAAGAGUGUCUACAGUAUGGACCGUGGAAGAUGAUAAAAAACUGGUUCAGAUAAUUGGGAACCAAGACUCAAACAUCAACUUUGCAACAGCCACACAAUACUUUCCAGGAAGAAACCGAGUCAAACUAAGAACCAGAUACAUAACUUUAGUGAAAUGGAUGAAAAAACAUCCAGGUGUUAGUUUAGAUCAUGCGCCUCGGCGCGGUGCUCGGCGGUUGAAUCAUGGAUAUCGAAGCAAUAACCUUAAUGAUGCCAUUGAGAAUUUAAAAAAUACUUUAAGUUCAGCAGUAGAAGUUAGAUCAAAGAAAAAGAAAAUUGGAAAGGAUUCUCCUCAUAUAGAAUUAGAUGAUGGCAUUGUAGUACUUCUUGUUAAUAAAUUAAUAAAAGAAAGAGAAGCAGAGAUGAAAAAACGUGUGACAGAUGAUAUGAUGGUACUAGCACCAGACCUGAUUAUUUCACAAGAGCAAUUAAAUUUUACGAAUUUGCGUAAAAAUUUGAUAUUUUUGAAUGCAUGUCUAGUUGAAGAUAUAUACCUACAAAGUUCAUAUGAGAAUGAAUAUCCUAAUAUAGGCGAUUCUGAAUUGGAUGUAUCCCUUGUGAAAGUUAAAUCUUACUCCAAGAUGGAUGUAGGAAAAACAAUUAAAGUGAAUGAUAGCCCGAAUGUUUGGGGAAAUCCUGCUCUGAAUAUGAUCGCCCAACGAAAUUACUUAUUCCCUCCAAGUCUUGCAACUUUAACAGGAUGUAAAAAUAUAAUGCAAGCUUUGCUAACACCAGGUGGUUAUAAUGAUACUAUGAACCUACAUGUUCUGGUUAGAAGGAAUCCAAUCACGAAAGAGCUGUUAGACCUAGUUCUUGAGCGUUUCUACCUGUUAUUUACAUGGCCUAUGAUCUUAUCAAAUGAACCACCUCCUGAAAAUACUUUGGCAGUUAAAAGAAUAAAUUCAGUUUUCACUCGACCACCGACCUUGCCGCACGCGCCCGAAGUAACAAUUAACGUAAAAUGUAUAAAAAAAUAUAAGAAUGUAAACAUCACUGAAGUUAUAGACUUGGAUGAAGAGAAGAAUAAGAAAAUCGAUAUAACUGUCGACGAGACACUGAAUGCUAGCGAUACGGUGAAAAAGCUUCUUGCUAGUGAUUAGAUUUCUGUUUCAUAUUGUUUUAAGAUAGGUUAUCUAGGUUUAUAUUUGUUAAAAAUCAAUAAAGAAGUUUCUUUUAAAAACAUUUGGCUCUUUUAUUAUAAAAACUGAAGAAAUCUCCAUCACUUCAAGGC